CACUUGCAACCUGAUCAGCUCCAGCUCUCUCACUCAGAGCCUGUUUGGGAGCGGAGCUGAUCCAGCAAUGAUCUCUGGAGUUUGAGCAAACCAGGUAACAGGUGAAUCCGGGUCAUGCCACGGGGCAGCAGCUACCUGGGCUGCGCCAAGAUGGGAGAGGGCAGGUACGAGACGCCGCCGGCCUCCGAGCUGCAGAGGUUACUGUGGAUCAAGCCUGGCUCCAGCGGUCAUCUCGACGAGGUCAGACCGGGGAUCUACAUAGGAGACAUGUACGCGGCGAAAGACAAACAGCUGCUAAAGGGCCUGAAAAUCACUCACGUGCUGAAUGCGGCUCAUGGGAAAUACAACGUAAACACAGGGGCCAGUUACUAUAGAGACACCAACAUCAGCUACCACGGCGUGGAGGCCUUCGACAUGCCUUCGUUUGACCUGAGCCCCUUCUUCUACUCCGCUGCCAAGUUCAUUAAGGACGCACUGAGCAUCCCUGGAGGUAAGGUGUUCGUGCACUGUGCGAUGGGCCUGAGUCGCUCGUCCACGCUGGUGCUGGCGUACCUGAUGAUCCACGAGAACAUGACGCUGGUGGAGGCCAUCAAAGCCGUGGCAGAGAACAGGAACAUCUGCCCCAACACUGGAUUUAUGGAGCAGCUCCGCCAGCUGGACAAACAGCUGCACUACCAGGGCAGCGCCUCCUAGUGCUGGUCUUCUACACCAACCAGCCGUUUAUAACACCGGCCUCGCAGGCCGACGAUGUGGCGCUCUAGAUUAGACAGGGAAAGUCCCUGAUUGGCUGGAUGUAAAGUGUUCCUUCAAAAUAAAAGCGUCUAGUGUUA